UUUUCUAUAUUUUAAAAAUACCAUUUUCAAGAUUAUUCACAUUUCAUUUUUCUAAGCACAAUACUACGAAUACCUUAUAAAUUUUAUUUCGUGAUAAUAAGCAAUAAAUCGCUAUAAUAAUCGGGCAUUGUUUAUUUCCACGAUAGCUAUCAAUAACCCUUAACCCUAUACAUUUACUGUAACACUGCAACAAGUUGCGGAGACUAACUAGCCGAAUCGAUCAUUAGACAAAAAAAUUCUGCGCAAGCGUUGUGAAACUAUAUCCAUGCUCUAUAUCGUAUAUCAAUUCAUGGAAAAUAUUCGAUUCAGUCGUGUUCGCGACUUCGUUGAGUGACGAUGAUGACUAUCAAAUCUGUACCGAUCGAACAAUCAAACAAAAACAAUCAUAGUCUUAGCAACUACAGUGUACAGUUAAAUCGGUGGUUUUUGAAAUCAAUAGGCACAUGGCCCCUAUCUCCGUCCACUACAAAACUCGAGAAAACUAUUUCUUUUGUUUUAAUUGUUUGUUGUUAUUGCUUUAUAUGUUUCACCGUGAUUCCUUGCUUAUUGCACGUAAUCCUAGGAGAUGAUAGUUUACGUGAGAAACUGAAAGUUCUCGGUCCACUGAGUCAUUGGUUUAUAGGUGGUAUUAAUUACACCACAUUAUUAUUACGGAAAAAGGAAAUACGCUAUUGCAUAAAACAUGUGCAGAAAGAUUGGAGAAUCGUAACGAGAAUGGAAGAUCAACAAGUAAUGAUAAAACAUGCGAAAAUAGGCCGUUAUAUAUCUAUGAUGUGUGCAGCUUUUAUGCAAGGUGGUGUUUUAUCCUAUUGCGCUGUUACUGCAUUCUCCACACAAACUAUCGUGAUCGGGAACGAAACCAGGAUUGUACAUAUGAUACCUUGUAUAGUAUACAAAAAAUUAAUCGCAACCGAUACAAGUCCUACAAAUGAAAUCGUUAUUGCAUCACAAUUCGUGUCCGGAUUCAUUGUAAAUUCGAGUGCAGUUNNUGCUGUAAGUAUCGCAGCUGUGUUCGCGGCUCAUGCUUGCGGUCAAAUAAACCUCCUGAUGGCGUGGAUCCGUCAAUUUGUGAAUCAUUCAAAUGUUCAUAAUAAGAAUGUUGGACUGGACAAGAUUAGCAAAAUUGUUCGACAUCAUCUAAGAAUUUUAAGUUUUAUAACAGGUAUCGAAAAUGUAAUGAGCGGAAUAUGUUUCAUGGAAUUGUUCAAAUGUACUGUAAAUAUAUGUAUGCUUGGAUAUUAUGUUCUUACGGCAUGGAUUGAUAAUGAUGUUCGAAAUUUAAUCGUAUGUUCAGUUAUUCUUUUCUCUAUGAUUUUUAAUAUUUUUAUAAUAUGUUAUAUCGGUGACAUAUUAACAGAACAGUGUAAAAUGAUUGGUGAAGCGGUUUAUAUGACUAAUUGGUAUUACUUACCUGGAAAAGAUAUAUUGAAUUUAAUACAGAUCAUUUUAAGAUCCAGCAUGGUGGUUAAAAUCACUGCUUAUAAGCUAGUUCAUAUGUCCAUAUAUACCUUUAGUAAUGUGAUAAAAACUGCUUUUGCUUAUUUGAAUUUAUUACGUCAAAUGACUUAAUAGAAUACAUUCUUAAAAUAUGAAUACAUAAACUUGUAUUAAAAAUA